CUGAACGCAGCCCUUGAUUCUCUUGACAAGCAGCUAAACAAUUUGGAAACUUUCCCGAACUAACUCAAAGACAAAAGGAAAAAUUACUAAAAGUAGGGCCUACAUCGUUAUUUUCUCUUUUAUAAACGUGUCUAGGUGUUCAAAUGUGGAAUUAUUGAUGGAUUCACGGUAUGAAAUCCAACGGAGGGCCGGUGGUGGAUCAGCGAAUGCUUCCCCGGCUCUGGGGGCACAGUCUCGCCGCAGGAAGAUGCCGCCCAGACCCGCCGAUUAUAAACUUCAGAUCAUUAUCAUUGGCUCCCGUGGAGUAGGCAAAACCAGUCUAAUGGAGAGGUUUACCGACGACACCUUCUGUGAAGCAUGUAAAUCAACCGUUGGAGUAGAUUUUAAGAUCAAGACGGUGGAGCUGAGAGGGAAGAAGAUCAGGUUGCAGAUCUGGGAUACAGCUGGUCAGGAGAGGUUCAACAGUAUAACCUCCGCCUACUACCGUGGGGCCAAAGGGAUAGUACUGGUCUAUGACAUCACCAAGCAGGAAACGUUCGACGACCUUCCCAAGUGGAUGAAGAUGAUCGACAAGUAUGCUUCAGAAGAGGCAGAGCUGCUGCUGGUGGGGAACAAGCUGGACUGUGAGACGGACCGCAUCAUCACUAAACAGACUGCGGAGAGGGUGAGUCGAAUACUGAUCUACAAUCAGUUGACGGGAAAAACCUUCUCAGAGAGGAAAUUUCCCCAAGUCAGGGUUUUCUUUACUUCUAAUCUUCACUGA